GAGAGAGAGAAAAAGUCAGAGAGCGUGACUGACAGGCCUGUCAUUCGGAAGCAUUUGCUCCCACAGCUGCUGCUGGCAUUGCCAGGUGGCAGUCGAAAGCUUUGUCUGCAUACUGAGCUUUGGGCUUUUCAUUUGGUUGUGAACCGUUACAAAAAUUCUGCCGGAAUUAUUGUCGAUGCCCCCGGACCACACUGCUCCGCCCUACUCACAAGAAACGAGCAGCGGGACCUUAAAUGCCGCUGGUUGGGCGCUGGGCGCCUCAGUUGGUCGCGAGACCUGCGUUGCGUCGGUUGGUUCGCAGCCUGCCAGCCAUCAUCAUUCUCCAGUGGAGUAGUCAGACCGACCCUCCAGUUGGCUGUUGAGCGCUCACUUCAAUUUCAAUUUCAGUCUUCACCCGAUUUACUCCCGGUUCACACCGGAUCGGUUACGGUUCGUUUACGAGUAGUAGUAGUUUUCGAUUCGAUUCGAUUCGAUUGAGCUGAUUCCGGACAUUUCAUUUCCUUGAGUGCGUGCGUUAUAUGUUUUUGUUUAUUUUGUUUUUUUAAAGUGUCCAAUGCCAUCGAUAUCCUGAACUCCCAAAAACCCCUCAACGGCAACGGCAAGAAAGUGUGUUUCCCUUCCAACCAGUUGGUAAAUGUGAUUAGAAAAUGUCACCCACUGAUCUGCAUCCUGGCGGGGGAGCGGCGGACGACUACCAUCUGGCCGCGAGUACCUCUGGUGGCGGCGACGGUGGCGGUGGUGGCGAGAAGCUGAAGGAUAUGCCGGAAAAGUACGUGAUGGCGAUUGUCAAUUUUCUCGACUGGCACGUUAACGCAACUGCUGACAUGGAGCGGCUCAACCUCAAGGCGAGCAUCAAGUCCGUGUACUGGCUCUUUCUUAUCCAAUACGCGGCACUGGCCCUCCUUGGAGUAAUUCUCAAUAUUGCAAUUAUCGUGUACAUCAUGUACCAUCGGCUCUACAAGGACGUAACACACUCAUUUCUGAUCAAUCUGGCUCUGUGUCACUUUGUCCAAUGCGCCUUAGUCCUUCCCGUCUCGCUGAUGGUGAUGCUCAUCCAGAACUGGAUCUUCGGGCAGUUCCUAUGCUUUUUUCUUCCCAUGCUACAGGACAUUCCGUUACACGUGGCCAUGAUAUCCCACAUACUGAUUGCCUGGGAUCGCAUGCGCUGGCUGAACGAUCCGCUGAAGGGCCGACUGCCGGGCUUCGUUUGCUGCUGUGCUACCUGGCUGACUGGAAUGGUGAUUGCCCUGCCCUACCCCAUAUACACUUUCUACGUGGAACUGGGGGACUACAUGCCCCAGCUUGCCGGGAUCGGGUUGUGCGUAGUCAACCUGAUGGACGACAUGCAGGAGUACACCAGAGGCCUGUUCUUACUCAUGUACUGCGGCCCAGCCAUCCUGCUGUCGUACCUCUACAUCCGCACAUCCCAGGAGCUGCGUCCGCCGGAGGGCCCCUUUGCGGUCAUGAUGUACGAGCACCGAGCGGACCUGCGGAUGCGCCAGCGUCACUCUUCCACAUCGUCGGCGGAGCCGCGCACCCUCAGCGGCGGAGGCGUGGCUGGACUGAGCAACGGAAAUCAUGCGAGCACCAGAUCCUAUGACCUGUACAGCGCCGAGCUGGACGUCCAUCGGGAGAAGCGAAAGCAGCGGAACUUCGGGAGCAUGGCCGCCACUCAAGUGGUCUGCGUGUGCCCCUUGAUGAUCCUUCGCUUUGCGCGGCUUUCGCUGGAGGAGACGUAUGAGAAUCAGAAGCACUUUGACUUCACCUACCUGAUGUUCGUGUGGGUCGCCUUCCUGCCCACCGUGAUCUUCCCCUGCAUCUACGCAUCGCAGAUACUUCCCAGGGAUGAGCAGGAGCGUCUAAGGGGCUACUUCCGCCUCUCCUCGAAGAGGACGCAGAAGAGCCAGCGGCGCCGCGAUGUGGGACGCAGAUCGGUUGGCGGAUCCCGCGAAGACUCCAUCGAGAAGGACGAACCCACCAACACCACCACCAUCCAGGGACACCAGGGACAGCCCGAGCCGCAGCUCAAGCACCCUCCCAAGGUGCGCUAUGAGCGGAGUGCGGGACUGGGCCAUGGAUCGUCCGGUGAUCGGUACAGCGGAACCCCCUACAGACAGGGCAAGGAUAGAGAGAGGGAUCGGGAGAGAGAUAGGGAGCGGGAUAGGGAUAGAGACAGAGAAAGGGAUAGGGAUAGGGAGAGAGAGAGGGAGCGUAUGAGAGGCGGGCGCGGCCCUGGGGACGCUGGGGUGGUCAACAAUCUGGGCAAGGACGUGCGCGGCAAGAAGCACGAUGUGAAGAUCAACAUCAUAUCUGACGGAGGACACGCCAGCAGCCACCUCCAUCCGCAUGCCCAUCGAAAGCACCCCGGGAGCAGCAGCGGCAGCAGCAACCGAAGCAGACCGACGCCCAAUCAUCGGCACGGAAGCGGUAGCGGCACUCUACGCAGUGCAGAAUGCAUGUCGGGGAUCACCGCCUCUUCCUACUGCAAUGGGAAUGGGAACGUGAACACGAGCAUACUGGACGACAGCAGCACCAGCAACUAUGGCGACGGCGAGGAGAGCUCGGUGGUGAGCAGCAUGAUGGUUCCUCCGCAGCGCUGGCCGGGAUUGGGGCCAGUAGGACCCGGGGCGGGGUUGCGACACAAAGACGUUUCCUUCAGCGAGUGCAGCAGCACCUUCUCGUCCAGCACCUUAGACCGCGACUUGGAGAUAAUGGACCAGCUUGAGCGUGAGCGCAGCAUGGACAUCCAAGAGAUGCUGCAGCGGGAGCAGCAACGCGAGCAGCGGGAAAAGAGCCGCCACAGCGGAGGGCGCCAGCUGCCGGACAUAGAGAAGCUCUACGCCCAGCGCUCGCCGAAGGCCAAGCGCGAGGCGCCCUACGGCUACGACAAGGCCGCGCUGGCCCUGGUCCUACCCGGCAACGACCCCCUUAGCAGCCUCUCGGGCAGCAGCCAGCCCACGGAGCUUAGCAUGUGCUCUUCCCUGCAGGACCCCAGCCUGGAGCAGGAGCAGGAGCAUCGACUCGAGCGCAGGGAUCGGGAGCUGGACGAGGAGGAGGUGGUGCCACCGGACUUCUAUGACAACUACACCCCGGGCGGGGCCCAGAACCUUCCCCCAGCUGUCGCCCAGGCAGUCGUCAUCGAUGCCCAAGCUGUCGCACCUGCUCCACCGCCCGCCUAUCAGUAUCAGUACAGUCGCAACCGGCCAAGCCGGAAAAGCUCCACAGGGUCGCACCACCCCCACGCGGGCGGGGUCAUGUCAUCGCGUGGUUCCAAGCGGGACAGCUUCAACUCGCUAAACGGCACCGACCUCAUCGCCGGCGCUUUCUGCGAGCUGGAUCCGACGCAGCCGCUAAACAAGAUGGCCGUCAUCGAGGGUCGCAUGCGCCGCAGCAGUCCCCGGAACGCAAGCUUCAGCUCCGGCUCGGGCUCUGGAUCCGGCCGGAGCUCAAUGAAGUCCUCGUCGCGCGACUACGGCCACGGAUCGUCAUCGCACUCGGCCCAUCCCGAGCUCGACUUCAGGGAGAAUAUUUUCGCCGAGCUGUAAGAUGUACCAUGAGGAGAAAUGAGAUGAGGAAUUGCAGAGAAGGGAGUAAGGAAACGGAACGAAAAGCUUUAGCCUGUUGUUUGUUGCGGGAAAUAUGCCCGAGAUGUUUUUGUGGAUGCAGUCAGGAUAAGAAUGAAGUAUGUUGGUAUUCACGUAUUAGGUUCUACCUUCUACAGGAUACACAAUAUUCAUGGCGAUUGAAGCAGGGCCAUUAAAGGUACAGCGAAGUUUGCUCAGAGAAUUGUUAGGCGAUUAAUCAAGCACUAGAAAAAUAUUGGAAAAAACUCAAAAGAUAAAAAAGAUAAAAAAAAUACUACAGAUAACCGAAACAGAUAAAAAUAAAGAUACUGGUACAGAUACAGAGGAUAUGCAUA